UUUGAACUUUUUAUAACGUCUUAGUAUUGUAUACAUUAUUAUCAGUGUUUGAAUGUCAACCAAAAGACUUUUCCUGAAGAAAAUUGAAUUGAAUUUGGAAAUAGUUGAGCACAUAAUUCUAUAUGAGAACUCUUUUCAAGGAAUCGGGAAUGCUUCUUAUAGUUACCAUAGCAACGUUGUUAUCAAUUGGACAUGCUAAAAGCUCAUACCUUAUCCUAGCACCAAAACAAAUUCAACCUGGAGUAAACUUUGAUAUCAGCGUGACUAUAUUGAAUGCCUCCAGUGAUGUCACUGUUAAAGCUAAAUUGGUCACCACUAUAAAUAGUUCAUUUAUUAGUCAGACAUCAGGAACAUUUAAAAGAGAGUCUACGAACCAAUUAAUUCUACAUGUACCGGAUUCUUUGGAACUAGCUUGUAAGCUUAUUAUAACAGGAACUGGAGGCUUGUCUUUCACGGAAGAGACAUAUAUAUCAUACCGUGCUAGAACUGUAUCCUUGUUCAUCCAAACUGAUAAGGGAAUAUACAAAGCAGGACAAACAAUUAACUUUCGAGUAUUUGCCUUAUACACAGACCUGAAGAUGUAUUAUGGUCCUUUUGAUAUCUACAUGCAUGAUCCUAAAGGAAAUUUGAUAAAACAGUGGCGACUUGUCAGCCAUGACAGUGGAGUUUAUUCAGGUUCCAUGGUGAUGACAGACAAUCCUGUACUCGGUGACUGGACAAUAAAGGCCACAUCGCACGGAGUAUCUUCAAACAGGACAGUUACAGUUGAUCAAUACGUUUUACCAAAAUUUGAAGUGACAGUCCAUCUUCCUUCCUACAUCUUAACUAAUGCUUCUCAGGUUCAGGGAAUUGUCGAGGCAAAAUACAGUUAUGGGAAACCAGUAAGCGGUAAUGUCGAGAUAGAAGCUAACCUACAUUAUGCCUACAACUCAUGGAACUAUCAAGGAUAUAUAGCAGUUAUUAGAUUACAUAAUAUAACAAUGGAAUCGGAUGGAAAGGCGAGGUUUGUUAUACCAAUGGCAACUUUAAGAGCCCGUUUAUGGAUAUCAACUGGACUUUACAUGCUUGUUAAUGCUAAUGUGACUGAGACUUUGACUGAUAUUACUUUAUCCGGUUCAAAAGAAGUUACAUUUAGUGACCAGGCCAAAAAAAUACUUUUCCUACCAACUACAAAAACUACAUUUAAACCAGGUCUUCCAUAUAAAGUACACGCUCAACUUACAGACAUUGAUGGCUCGCCUAUCACAUCUUAUGCACAAGGCAUUUUACAAAUCACAGUAAUCUCCGAAGAACCGAUUCUAUCGCCUACACCUCAAUACUACUACGGUCCUACCGAACGCAGCUACAAAUUAAGUGACAUUCAAUUGAAUGUAUCAACAGCAGGAAUCAUAUCAGAAUUAAUUGAUAUACCAGAUAAUGCUACUAAAAUCCAAAUAAAGAUUUCCGUCGACAAUACGGCGGAACAUAUGGAGAUUAAAAGAUAUCACUCACCAAGUAACAGUUUUAUUCAACUGAGUGUACAAUCUAAACAAAUUAUUACAGGUGAUAAAGCAGAAUUCAGCAUUCAGUCAAAUAGACCUUUAUCAUCAGUUGUUAUUCAGCUUUUAGCGCAUGGAACUAUCAUAUAUUUCAAGAUAAUCAACGGUAUGCAACAGAAAAAAAUCAACUUCAGUGUACCUAUGUCCAAAAACAUGGGUCCCGAGUGUACUGCAAUGGCUUACUUUGUCCGUCAAGAUGGUGAAAUCGUUACAGAUCAUGAAUUGAUACUUGUUGAUGGUAUUUUUGAAAAACAGGUCUCUGUACGAUUUAACCAAUCAAAGGCCAAACCAGGAGAUAAUGUGACAAUAAAUGUUGCUGCAGACCCUAGCUCCCAUAUAUACAUGCUCGUUGCUGACGAAAGUUCUUCAUACCUUCGUAAAGGUAAUGACAUCACAGAAGAACAAGUUAUAAGUAAUCUGCACUUAAUUGAUAAGAGGUUUGACAAUAUUAAUUAUGCGUGCGUGUUGUUGGGCUCAUCGUUCAACAUCAUGACAGAUGAUGUAAAUAACAAAAAAUCCUCCCUUAAAUGCAACCCUUUUUGUCGUGAUAAACGACCGAAUUGUAAAGAGUAUGGAGAUCGUAUAUGCACUGGCAUGUACUCCGGGUGGUCAUUGGACAAUUGUCCAGUAUUUUGUAACUUAUGCGGUCCACCGACUUGGUCAGAGACAGGAUCGGGGUCAGGGAUAUUGACAGGUGCGACAGGUACUGAAACGAUGACUGGAGCAGGUACUGGAACGUCGACUGGUGGAUCGUUCACAGGGCACACUCAUCCAUUUUAUAAACCUGUUAAAAGAACGCGGAAAAGAUUUCCGGAAACAUGGAUAUGGUCAUCUCACUUAACUGGAAUUGAUGGUCACCUUAAUAUCACAGCUGUCCUGCCUGAUACUAUAACUGCAUGGGUGGCCAGUGCCUUUGUAGUAAACAAAAUGACAGGGUUCAGCUUAAGUACCUCUGCUGCAAAGAUUGUGGGAUUCAAAGACUUUUUUAUCAGUCUCAAUUUGCCGUAUUCUGUUAUCAGAGGGGAAGAAGUCGUCUUGCAAGUAAAUCUGUUUAACUACCAGAAUACGAAUAUGUCGGUUUUGAUUGUUCUGAAGAAGAAUGACGACUUCCAAAAUGUUGUAAGAACAGUAAAUGGAACGCAGCAGAUGAUGUCCUCAAAAACUCACUCAGAAAAUACAUUCGUGUUGGCAGGAGAAUCAGCAUCAGUUUACUUCCCUAUCAUACCACGGUCAUUAGGACCAAUUUAUAUAGAAGUUACAGCGCAGUCUUCAGGGGCCUCAGAUGGAAUUCGUCGAGAACUUCUUGUCGAGCCUGAAGGAGUUUUACAAGAAUAUAAUACACCAGUAAUAUUACAAUUAAAUCAUAGCCACCCUGUGCAAAGAAAUGUUUCUGUUCCAAUGCCAUUGUCUGUUGUGGACGGUUCACAAAGAAUUCGGCUAUCAAUUAUGGGGGAUUUUGUUGUACCUACUUUACACAAUUUGGAUCGAUUGAUUCGGUUACCAACGGGUUGUGGUGAGCAAACAAUAGUCAAACUUGCUCCUGACGUUUAUGUGGCGAACUAUUUGAAAAAAUCGAAUCACUUUUCUCAAGAAAUGAAGGAAAAAUUGACCGUGUAUAUGGAAAAAGGAUACCAAAACGAAUUAAGAUACCAACGUACAGACGGGUCUUUUAGUGCAUUUGGUAAUUCUGACAGUCACGGAAAUAUGUGGUUAUCAGCUUAUGUCAUUAAGACUUUUCAAAAAGCAAAGACGCAUAUUUUUAUUGAUGAUAAUGUAAUUACCAAAUCCGUCAAAUGGAUCAUAUCACAUCAGUUACCAGAUGGGUCAUUUCCAGGCUCAAUGUAUACAUACUAUAUGCAGGACAAAACAGCAAAUAAAAUAAGUUUGACUGCAUUUGUGUUAAUUGCUCUACAGGAAAAUUUUUAUUUGCAAGGGAUGACACAUUCAAUUACUGAUGCUGUUACGAAGGCUCAACAUUAUCUGGAAACUAAUAUAUAUACAGUAAACGACAUCUACUGCCUAUCCAUUACUAGUUAUGCUUUGGCCAUACGGAACAGUUCAUCUUUUGAUGCAGUCUUCAAAACGCUUGGAACACAUGCUGUUGUAAGAGAUGAUAUGAAAUAUUGGACCUACGCCUCUUCAUCAUCAUCAAACGGGAAUGCAUGGUCAUCAUCUUACAUGCAGUCAACUUCGAUUGAUAUUGAAACAUCAGCGUAUGCUCUUCUUGCAUAUAAAGGACGUAAUUUACCUUUAGAUGGUUAUCAUGUUAUGAAAUGGAUAAUAACACAAAGAAAUUCGAAUGGUGGAUUUGCAUCAUCACAGGAUACAGUAGUUGCAUUAGAGGCCAUUACUGAGUUUGGAUUGUUUGGUUCGCAGCAUAGAGACAUGUUAAUUUCAAUUGAAGCUGGAAAAUUUUCCAAACAAUUUACGGUUGAUUCUGCAAAUGCUCUCGUUUUGCAGACUAUUGAGUUACCAAAGCCAUAUCCACAAAAUGUACUGAUUGAGGCCACAGGAGAGGGAACUGCUCUUGCAGAGGUAGCUGUUCUUUACAACAUUGAACAAAGUCAUGGUACUCAGGCGUUUCACGUAUCUGUAAACAUUGACCAGGAAACUUUUGUCGUGUUGGAAACAAAUACGUGUGUAAAAUGGCUAAGGCGAGGGAAAAGUGGAAUGGCUAUUUUAGAAAUUGGAAUUCCGACUGGAUUUCAAGCAAAGCCUGAUAAAAUUACUCAUGUUCCAACCCUUAAGAAGAUUGAAGUGGAAAAUAGGAAACUUAUACUCUAUUUUGAUGAGAUAUCAGGUUAUCCAGUCUGUAUCAAAAUGAAAGCCGUUCGUACAGGAUUAGUAGCAAAAACGAAACCAUCUGUGGUCAGAGUUUACGACUACUAUAAACCUGAGCUCCAGUUUACGACGUUUUACCAAUCUGGUGUUCUACAGAAGUCUAACAUUUGUGACAUUUGUAAACAAUGCAAACACUGUAGACAAUGAAUUGAUUUAGACGAAGCUGACCUCAAACACAAACUAUGUUUCUGGAUUUAUUGAUUUGGUAGUGUUUUAUAAAAAUUACUAAAUAUUAAAAUUUGCACAACUCU